AGAAAGGGCAAGAUCCCACUCCUCUUGCUAACAAAAUCCGUAGAGGAUUUCCAGGAGUCUCUCGCGACCUGACACAUUACUUACUACUUAAUGUAAAUUUCCUGAAGUUAAGCGACCUACAUGUAAGAAUACAGAAAGUGUGAAUAAUUAUAUUCAUUUUGACAUCGAUUCCAAGUUGCAUGGAAUCCAUUCUAAUAAACAGAAAACAACAAAAAAUCAGAAACAAAUUCCUCUACAUAUACAAUCACUUGAGGAUAUUGGGAACAAAUGAAGUUAAGCCAAUUACGCUCAGUGGAUUUACUAUAUUUGCUUAGUAACAUUAUAAUAGUGUGGAGUUUUCAUGAACUGAAAGUUCUGCUAGAGAUAAUAAAAGACACAAUGAGUUCUGAAGUCCGAUCAAGUUCUAAUGAGGGAGAAAUCGCUGAAAAUUCAGGUGUCAAAAGAGAUUCCGAAAAUGCCAUGGAAAGAGGAGCAAAAUCAACUGAGAGGAAAAGCGACAUAGAAGAAAUCGAGGGUAUCAAGGAAGAUGUUGCGGAGGGAAUUGCACAAAUAACUGAAAGAAAAAGUGUUAUGGAAGGAGUUAAGGGAGACGUUUUAGAUGAAGCAAUAGGCGAAGUACGCGAACGGGCGGAGGCUGCCGCCGAAUCCCUUGUAGAAGACACCAUGGACGAAGUCGAUAUUGAACAAAGCCAGCUGUCCAGUGGAUCGGAGGACGAAGAUUUGGUGAAGGCGCGAAAGGCUGCUCUGCAACGUAUGCAGGACGUUAUGACAAAACCUAGUGAAAUUCAAGAUCCUAAUCGGCCUCGCAUUUCUAAAGAUGCUGAUAAAGAAUAUAUGGAUGAACAUGCCAGUGCUGUUCGAGACAAAGCAAUUCUGCAAAGCAUGGCUGUAGCGGAAAGAGGUUAUAUUACUAGGCUGAGACCACCAAGUGCACCUACAGACAAGCUUACUCUCAGUCAAUAUCAGAUACGGCCAGGUUUGGAAGAAAAAUUUAAAUCUGUUGUAGUUAAAGAAAUGAUUCAUAAUGUACUGAAUGAUGAACUUGGUGGUAAGAUCUAUUCCGAAGAAGAAGCAAAAGAGUGGUCUCAGUCAAUUGCUAAUACAAUACGAAUGAAAGUGAAAGAAAUGGGGUUUCCUCGUUACAAGUUUGUUGUCCAGUGUGUAAUUGGUGAAGAACAUGGUGCUGGAGUGAAAAUAGGAUCACGUUGUUUGUGGGAUGCAGACACAGAUAAUUAUGCCAGUGACACUUUUUUAAAUGAAACUAUAUUUUGUAUGACUGCAGUAUAUGCCAUCUAUUUCUAUUAGAUCGCUUCAGAACAUUUCUUUGUUCUUAAUUUAUUAAUACAUGUUUUCUGUGAUGGAUCUGACUUCUAUAUGUAUUUCAGAAGUUGCAUACCUUGUGUAGUUUGAUGAAUGCUAUUUUCAAGAGAAGUAUUCAAUGUCACGAUUGCUGUAAUAAGAUUUUGAAAAGUUUUAAGUUAACUUACAAGAAAUGAAAGAAUCGAAAUUAAAGAAAUAUUGUGUUUAAGUUUUUAAAGAUCACUUAAAAGUAACGUAAAAACUUUACACAAAUAAACUCCAGAUAAAGGAAUGUAGUUCGGAAGCUAUUUUGCAAUAGUUAAACAUUAACUUGAGUCGUUUUUUAUAAUUUUUAAUAUCCCGUAUGUAAUUUGAUGACCACAGGCAGUAUUUAUUAGGUGAUCAGUAUAUCUUAAUUUAAAAUUGCAUGACCCAUAAAAAUUGCAUUUCUUAUGAGAUUGACUCCUACUGUCACUUAUACUCUGAAACCUAUGUAAGUCAGGAAGUAAUUAGUGAAACAGAAUACAUUUGAAGUCAAAACUCUUCAAAAGCCAUAGUGAUACAUAUAAUAAUUCCCACAGUCAUUUUAAACUCGGUAGUGAAUGUAAACUACUGUUUUCUGUGUAAGAAUGAUGCUAUACACUCAGGAUAUUUUCCUGCACGGUACAGUAUCUUCUUUUAAGUGAUAAAUAUAUAUAUUUAUUGUUUUUCAUUUCACUAAAACCACAACUUUACAUUGAUAUUGAAAUACAUAAACAUGUUUUCCUUAGAAUGCAUAGAAUGGUAUACUGUUUGUGACUGUUUUCAACUAUUUAAUUGAUGUGACACAAUGUAGGGCACUAAGCAUUUGGAAAUAAACUUUGAAGGAUAAUUUUGGAACUCUGUUUCAAGGAUACCAUAACAACAGGUUUUGUUCCAAACUUAGGGGCAAUUGUUGUAAUGGUAUUGAAUGUAGGUAUAUUUUACUAGUGGUAAGAUUUUGAAUAACAGCUUCUAUAUGAUACUGAAGCAAUUGGAUUGUAGCAAGAUCCCCUCCCCCCCUUUUUUUUGGACGUAGUUAUACCACAAGGCCAAAGUCACCUGUUUUUAUAAACUGAUAAGUAGUAAAACUUGCUCAAUGCAGAAUUUCAAGGGAUCAGUAUUUUUGUUUUCUCUCCAUAUUAGAUAAUUCUGGAAUAUACAACAUAAUAGGGCAGGACUGUGAGUUAUGUUCACAUUAAAAAGAUUUCCGCAUUGAGCAAAUUUUACUGUAUUCCGUUUUCAAAAAAGUUUUAAAGACAGCUCCGUUUUUUAAAAUGUAGUUUCCUAAUACAGCAAAAUAAGCUUAUGAAUAUGUUGUACUUACAAUUUUAAUUAAAACUUGAAUUUUUGAAUAUUGCUUAUUUAAUUUCUUAUGCUGAUUUUUAACAGAUUUUCUUCUUGCUGCACCAAGUCUAAAUAAAAUAAUUAAAUCAUUAUUUACAAAAUAUCACCAGUGUUUACAAACUUUUCAAUCACAGACUAUCGAUAUUCCAAAAUAAAACAAGAUUUUUCUCAAAAAUACCAGCAAAUUCGUUUUGAAAACAUUUUGUUUGGAUAGAGAACAACGUUUCAAAACUACAGGGAAAGUACUGUUUUCAUUAAAACUAAAAAUUUCCCAAAAAUUACGCAAAUGUUUCCUUCUAUUCAUAAUAUUGCUCAUCCUUAAUAUGCCACAUUACAAUACAUUUAAUGCAUUGUAAAACCCACAAGUAUUUUAACUAAUUAAACUCCUCAAAAUCUAAGUGGAUAAGAUUUAAAAAUGCAUUCAAAAUAAUUCAAAAACCACACUGAAGUUUUCUGCAGAGCUUUCUUACUGAAAGAGAUUAUGCCCUUCUAAGACAUUCAUGUAGUCACAUUUCAAUUACACUAUUAGGAGUUGAGAAGUGAAGCAAAUGCGGUUAAAACCACCCACUCUCCAUCAAAAGCAAUAUUUAAAUAGCUAUUGAAUAAAUAAAAAUGAAAUUUUAAUUGUUUACCUAAAGUUCUGAAGUGUUGUGAAUAUUGGACCAUGGCCCAACAAUUUUGUGAUAAAAUGUAGAUGAAGAAGCAUCCUGGUAAAAGGAAUGUAUUUACUUACAUUCCCCAGAAAAAUGUCCAAUGUUUGUUGAUAAAAAUGGAGUUUAAAAAGAGGUUUGUAAAUAAAUAUGAUAUGCUAUUUCAAGAGGGGCUUGUGGUUUGUUACUAAAAUCAUAAUAAUUAAUAUUGCAAUUAUGAAAAACAAAUAUGUUCAGCCAUCUCUGUUAAAGUUUUUUUCAAACUGGUGUAAAGCAUAAAUGACAAUUUGGCAAGUUUAGCAAGUGCCGACUCGAUCAAAACUUGAGACGUUGCAUGCUUGAGGGUGAGUGUCAAAACAUUUUACUGCUCAUUGUAUCUUGUGGUGUGUUCGGCUUUCAGGGACACGGUCAAAGGCAGAGCAUCUUGGGGUAAACAGAAUUCGGGAGCAGACUUUCAGUACUCAUUGUAACACGGUGCCUUUACACCACAGUUUGAGGAGACUUUUGCCUGCAAUGGCUGAAAUAUGGAACACAAACAACACACACACAGCUAGACUGGGUUGUAAACAUGUAACAAAAUUUUUAAGUCGAUGUUUAAAAGUGAAAAAGCUUCACAACUGAACAAUAUUCUAAUAUGAUGAGAUAUUUAUUACCACAGAAAAGACAAUCCAGAGAGGUCAAAUUACCCAAAAAUGUCAAAUAUCAAGGGUGUAAUUUAGACAUAGAAUUUGAGAUUCUGCAGGAUUUGAAUCUCCCGGUGCCCUGGAAAAGGGAUAUGUAGAAGAGCUAAACCUGCCAAAACUGUAACAGAAGCGUCCAAAACUGAUCAUUUUUAUAAAUUAAGGCUCAAAAAUAAACUUACAUGUACCUUGGAAUACUGAAAAAACUGUGUGUUAUGGGGUCAAAGAUGCCCUGUUUUGUCAUUUAAUCCAGUGGAACAGUGUAAUGUAUUGCUAAUUACAUGUGUGCCUUUUGCCUUCUUUAUGAAAUAAUCUUCAAUAUCCUAAAUUUACAGUCUUAAAUCUUUUGAAUGUGCCCUAAGAGUAUUUUGCUAUUCAAGAGAAGUACAUUUACUGUCUUUUGUUUUGUUGGUGUCUUAUAAUCCAAAUGUAUUUAAACAUCCCAACUUAAUAAGAUAUUGGUUUUGGAGAUUGGCCACUUUUUUAGGGGCAAUUUCCUCUGAAUAAUUUGUAUUUGAAGAAAAUAUUAAAUUAAACUAGGAUUGGGUCAGUGUUAAAAACACUGUUGUUAACUGAGCCAUUUUCUCCUUUAUAUCUCAAAUUCCCUUGCACCAAGAGACAAGUAACCUUGGCUCAAAAAACUUAGUACCUAUUGUUAUGUAUUUCUCACCUCUACAGUUUCAACGCAAAUAAGAUUUGUUUAACAAUUAAUAAUUGCCAAUAAUGAUGUACUGAUGUUAUCUGAAGAAUAUCUGGUUUUAUGUUUCAAAAAUUUUUCAUUUCCCUCCUGUGAUUCUCUCAAAAAUUCUCGCAUUUUUGAAGAUCAAUGAAAUUCCCCAACUUUUCCCAAUGUUUCAGGUAGUAAUUUCCCUGAUUUAAUUUAAAAAAAGAUGUCCUGCAAGUGUGUGUAAAGGAUUGGGAUUAUGCCUCCCCUUGAAUCACAAUAAAUACAAAUUUUAUUUUGGGAGAUACGCAUAAAUAUAAAUUAUUUGGUGACUUAUUUUAAUUCUAUCAAUAAUUAGAAAAUAUUAAAAAUGUAUUUUUAAAAUGCAAAUUUUUUUAAAACUCAGACUCAUAAUUUGUAUUCAGACCAUUUAUGUAGAAACUAAACAAUGCAUUGUUAAAACAUUGAGGCUUUUGUAAUAAACAUUGUUCUGCUAUUGAUUUUCAUGGUUAUAGUGCAUCUUCUUCAUUUGUAAAGUUUAUAAUUUUUGUAAAUAUUAAUAUAAAGUGUCUAAAAGUCA